AUGACGGAAGAGAAGAAGACGAUCCUCUUGAGAAGCAGUGAGGGCGAGAUAUUUGAAUUGUGGGAUAAGGAGUUUUUAAAGGUUGAUAUGAAAAUCGUAUUUGAUAUCACUAUGGCAGCAAAUUACCUAAACGUCAAGAAUUUGCUUGACAUGAAACCCAUAGAUGAAGCCCAACUAAAUGCCAUGGAAGAAGCUCGCAACCUUGGCUACUUUGAGAGAGAACCUAGAUGA